UACAUUUAGGGUUGAGAUCUCGCUUUUUUUUUUGCUUUUUUUGGUGUGUGUGUGUGUGUGUGUGUGUGUGUUUUCCACAUUCACGAGAACGAUUCGGCUGAGAGAGGAUCUGGUCUCGUUCCAGCGAGACUCCCCGGUUGAUCUUUGGAGCCGAGGUUUGCAGUGGGAUUGGGAAGGUUGGCAGGAGGAGGGACAAUUUCCUGUUUCAGUUGCCCUUUUGCCUGGGUUCCUUAUGUGGAUAGCUGGUGGAAGGUUGGCAAGAACCGCCCAGAGCCUCUCAGAUCAACCCCGCGAGUCCCUGGAUCUGUGCGUAUCAUGACUUUGAGUUCUGAGAUGUCCGAUGCAUCCAUCGUUUCGGAAGAGACCGAUAUAGAUGUGGUGGGAGACGGGGCGGAAGGAGAGGAGGACGAGGCCCAGAGGGAUAGCUCUUAUGGGGAAGUGGUGGCCCAAAUGCACUCCGAGAUCCUCACCAGCCGCUCGCCUUCCUGUGUGGAUACCUCCUCAAACAGGGAUCCUUACAAACCAGCCAGCAAAAACCCUCUGGUGAAACCUCCUUACUCCUACAUCGCCUUAAUCACCAUGGCAAUCCUCCAAAGUCCCAAAAAGAGACUCACUCUGAGUGAGAUCUGUGAAUUUAUCAGCAAUCGGUUCCCCUAUUACCGGGAGAAGUUCCCAGCCUGGCAGAACUCCAUCCGGCACAACUUGUCCUUGAACGACUGCUUCGUGAAGAUUCCCAGGGAGCCCGGCAACCCGGGCAAAGGCAACUACUGGACCCUGGAUCCCGAGUCGGCAGAUAUGUUUGACAACGGCAGCUUUUUGCGGAGACGGAAGCGAUUCAAAAGGCAGCAAUCUCCGGAUCUGCUCCGGGACCAUGCAUCCUUCAAGGCAGGCCCACUCCAUCCCCCCGCCGACCAUACUGCCCACAGGCGAACUCGCCAGGACCUCCUUCUACCCCCAGCUCAGCCCUACUCUCCCCCCCGUGCAGACUGUCAAAUCCACCUCAGCCAUCUCCAGAUCGCCUUUCUCCAUAGAAAACAUCAUCGGAGCCAGUCCCAGUCCUGCUAACUGCUCCCCGCAGACUCCCGGAGUCCCCAUGUUGUCAUCAGCAAUACCUUCCUCUUCGUCGAUCUCGCAU